AUGGAUCCUAUAGAAAGACCUGAAUAUUCUUUACCUCCAAGCCAAAUGAGUGUUCGUCUCCCACGAACCAAAAAUAAGGCUCCUGCUGAUAUCCAAAUUUCUGCUGAACAGCUCCUUCGUGAAGCUUUGGCAAACCAAAUUGACGACAUUCGCCCACCUCGUGUCCAAAUCAACGACGAAGAAGAGCUUACCGACUAUCUCCACCGCAAAACAGCUGAAUUCGAAAACACAGUCCGCAAACAGAAAUUUUUAAUUUCUGCCUGGCUUAAAUAUGCUGCCUUUGAAGAAGGUCUCCAAGAUUUCAAGCGAGCCCGGAGUGUUUUUGAACGCGCAAUCAACGUAGACUAUAAAAACACGUCAUUAUGAGUGAAAUACGCAGAAAUGGAAAUGCGGCACAAAUUUGUGAAUAACGCCAGAAAUGUAUGGGAAAGGGCAAUUAAUUAUUUGCCGAGGGUAGAUCAGCUUUGGUAUAAGUAUGCAUAUAUGGAAGAAAUGCUUGGAAAUUACAUAGGAGCGAGGAAGAUAUUUGAAAGAUGAAUGGAAAUUAACGGUAAGUCAUUAUCUACCUAAUAAAACUGAUUUUUAUAGAAAAAUUUGUCAAAAUUAUUAAUUUUUCAAUAAGUUCUCUCUGGCUACCAAAAAUGCAGAGCAAAAUUAUGACCCAAAUUAACCCUCCUCAGUCUGCAUGAAUUAUGUACUCAAAAUUUGAAGAAAGGAUGAAAGAAACUGACAAGGCCAGAGAAAUUAUAUAUAGGAUGAUACAAGCCCAUCCUGAGGUAUCAAGCUUUAUUAAAGUGGCGAAAUUUGAAGAAAAACAUAAAAAUAGGCAAGGAGCAAGAAAAGUCUUUGAAAAAUGCAUAGAAGAGCUUGGGCCACAUGCAAAUGUGGAGGAGUUUUUUUUGGAGUUUACAGAGUUUGAAAUAAAAUGCCAUGAGUAUGAAAGAGCGAGGGAGCUUUUUAAGUACGCGAUUGAGCAGAUUCCCAAGGAAAAAGCACCUAAAUUGUAUCAAAAUUAUAUUAAUUUUGAAAAACAAUAUGGGUCUAAAGGAAAUAUAGAGAUUGUGGUACUCAAUAAAAGAAGGGCUUUGUAUGUUUAUUUAAAAUAAAUGAAUUUUUUUAUCAAAAAAUUCAUUUUUAUAUAACUAGAAGUGCUAUUUAUAAAAGCGGGUAUACGAAAAAUCUCUUUCUGAGCAGCCAAUGGCAUAUGAUAUUUGGUUUGACUACAUAAAGCUCGAAGAAUCUCAAGGAGACUUAAAAAGAAUCCGAGAAACCUAUGAAAGAGCUAUUGCAAAUAUACCAAACUCUAAUGAGAAAAAACAUUGGCGAAGAUACAUUUAUUUUUGGAUUAAUUAUGCAGUUUUCGAAGAAAGCUCUGGAGAAAUCGAAAAUGCCCGACAAGUCUAUGAAAAUGCUUUAAAAAUUGUCCCACACCAAUAUUUCAGCUUUUCUAAACUUUGGACUCUUUAUGCGUUUUUUGAAAUCCGACAAUUAAAUUUAGAAAAAGCCAGAAAAAUACUAGGAACAGGAAUUGGAAAAUACGGUAGCAAAAAAAUCUUCCAAGCCUAUAUUGAACUAGAAAUGCAGCUUGGAGAAAUCGACAGAUGUAGAAACCUAUAUACUAAAUGAAUAGAAAAGCAGCCUUCAAACUGCAAAGCCUGGAUCAAAUUUUCUGAGUUCGAAAAAACAUUAGAAGAAACUGAAAGGUGUAGAAAAAUCCUAGAAAUUGCGAUUUCUCAAACCAAUCUCGACAUGCCAGAACUAGCCUGAAAAGCAUAUAUUGACACAGAAAUUGAGCUAAAUAACUGCAAAGGCGCCAAAGAUUUAUAUGAAAGACUUCUUACCAAAACCAAGCACCUAAAAGUCUGGGUUUCUUAUGCCCAAUUCGAAAUUUCUUACCAAAAUUUCGAUGAUGCCCGAAAUGUCCUCAAAAGAGGCGAUAAUCAUUUUAAACAAAUUUCUGACAAAGAGUCACGCCUUUUACUAUUAGAAGCCUGACAAGAAAUAGAGCAAGAGCACGGUGACGAAAAAUCAGUUGAAGAAGUAAUGAAAAAAAUGCCACAAAAAGUCAAGAAAAAGCGAAAAGUUGAAAGAGAAGGUGAAGAAGAAGCUGGCUAUGAAGAAUAUUUAGACUAUAUUUUCCCUGACGAAACCACUGAAGCUCGUAACUUAAAGAUCUUAGAAAUGGCUAAGAAAUGGAAAGAGGCUCAGGAUUCAGUCAAAGAUGAUGUUUAA